AUGGCGAACAUUAACAAGAGAGUGCCCGGUUUGGAGCAGUACAUCUCACUCAACGAACCUAGCAUCGGCGCCACACUUCCCCCAGAGAACUUUCACCAAAACAAGGAUCUUCCUCCUCUCUUCCAUCCUCUCAAGCUCCGAGAUGUGACCUUCAACAACCGCGUCUUCGUUUCGCCCAUGUGUCAGUACAGUUCUGACAAUGGCCACGCCACCGAUUGGCACUUUGUUCAUGUCGGCGGCUUCGCCACUCGCGGUGCAGGUGCGAUCUGCAUGGAAGCCACCGCUGUAGUCCCCGAAGGUCGUAUCUCACCGCAAGACGCCGGGCUCUGGACGGACUCCCAAAUUGCUCCCCUCAAACGUAUUGUCGAUUUUGUACAUUCCCAAGGUAGUACCAUCGGCAUCCAACUCGCACACGCCGGACGCAAGUCAUCGACGUACGCACCCUGGGUGUUCUCGAAUGCCGCUAGAACGCAUAAAGCGGGGAAGUGGGUCGCCGAGAAAGAUGAGGACGGCUGGCCGGAUAACGUAUACGCGCCCAGUGCAAUUCCUUACAACCCGCAAUACCCAACUCCAAAGGCUAUGACGGAAGAGUAUAUGAAGGAGGUCGAGGAUGCAUUCGCGGCAGCUGUCGAGCGUUGUGAGAAAGCCGGCUUCGAUUUCAUAGAACUGCACGGUGCCCACGGCUACCUCCUACACGCAUUCUGCUCUCCCCUCUCCAACACCCGCACAGACUCCUACGGCGGCUCUCUCUCUAACCGCAUCGCCUGGCCCCUCCGCAUCGUCGAGCGUGUCCGUGCGGCCUGGGAUCCCAAGAAACCUCUCUUCUACCGCAUCAGUGCGACGGACUGGGCCGAAACGCCCGAAAAGAGCGACAGUGGAGAAUGGCUGCAGUGGGGCCCGGAGCAGAACGCUGUGCUGGUGGGUGAGUUGAUCAAGUUGGGUGUGGAUUUGGUGGAUGUAUCGACUGGAGGGAAUUGGGCGGGGCAGAAGAUCCCGGUUGGGCCUUAUUAUCAGGUCCCCUUCGCCACUUCACUCAAGAAAGCUUACCCCUCUCUCACCAUCGGGUCCGUCGGCCUGAUCGAGACACCCAGUCAAGCGAACGGUAUCAUCGCCGCUGGCGAUGCCGACGUCGUUUUCCUCGCUCGUGCUAUGAUUUGCGACCCGCAUUUCGUGAUGACAGCGGCGCAGGAGUUGGGUGUCGCGGUCAAGCCUGCGAAUCAGUAUGAGAGGGGGUGGAUGAAGAUGUUGACGACGAAGAAAGAUUAGUACUCUGAUCUGGGUUGAAGUGCGAUGUGACUGUAUCAGUGGGGUAGUGUGGGGGACGCGAAAGGCAUGAAGAAGGACGGUUUUGUAUGUUGUACUUGAUUCACGAUACUCUGGUAGCUGGCUUGACGAG